AUGGAAACCCGCCAAAUCCGCAUUGCAAUUAUUGGCGGAGGCCUGGCAGGCGCGUCUAUCGCCAAUUCUCUGUCUCGACUUCCCUCUGUCGCGAUUGAUGUUUUUGAGGCGGCCCCUGAGUUCUCGGAGCGCGGUGCAGCGGUGGGCUUGUCUCCCAAUUCCCAGCUGGCACUUCAAGAACUACUAGAGGAUGCAAAGGAGACUCUGAAAAAAGCUAAAAGUGUCCCUAUUGCAAGCACCAGGUUUAUGAUUGGAUCUGGCCCAAAUGCCGGCAAUCUCCUCAUGGACUUGGGUGAUGCUGCAAAGGAGGAACCUGAGCUUAUCGUUCACCGAGCUUCACUCCUUCGAGAGCUCCUUGCACCAUUGCCUGAAAGCAUAUUACACCCAAACAAGAAGAUGGCCUCUAUUAUCCCAACUGACACAGAGGUCAAAGUCUUUUUUGCAGAUGGAACAGACUAUGAGUUCGACGCAGUUAUUGGUGCAGAUGGUUUAUUCAGUACCGUCCGCGACUAUGUCUUAUCUGAUGACACUAAGCAAUAUUCGGCAUCUGCUGCCGGUUUUUGGGACUGUAGGGUUUUGGUUCCUUUUCAAAAAGCAGAAAAGGCCUUGGGUGAAGAGCUUUUCAAGCUAGAUCGUCAAUAUUGCUGGUUGGGUGAGGGUGCCUUUAUUAUGCAUGAUGUUUUGGAGAACGGAACGCUAGUCCAAUGUGUGAUAUCUGGUGUUGAGAAUGAAUCUCCCAGUGAUCGAAAGCAUACGCUCACGAGAGAGUUCCUGAACAAAGCAUUAGCGAACUGGUUGAGCGGCCCUAUUGCCAACGGGGUCAUUGAUCUCGUGAUGGAACAAGAUGAUCCUCGAGGGUAUUCCCAGUGGGAACACAAGGCGACACCUACAUACGCCCGCGGUCGAGUCUGUAUUAUGGGCGACGCUGCCCACGCCUCGACGCCUUGGCAGGGUGCUGGCUCAGGGCAGGCGUUCGAGGAUGGCAUGAUUCUCUCGGCUCUCCUGGGUCAUAUAUCAUCCCCCGAUGAGAUAGAUGCCGCGUUCAAAGUAUAUGAUGCGGUCCGAAGACCAAGAGGCCAGCGCGUCAUUGACUCCAGCCGUGGGACGGGUGAGAUCAUGUGCGGGCAAUCUGAGGCUGGGCUAGACCCAGGAGAGAUAAUGCAAGCGCUUGCCCCACGAUGGGGCUUUCUUGAACUAGACUUCAAAUCUUAUGUUCAGGAGGCGGCACGUAAACUCGAUGAGCGCCUCAGGGCUUGA